AUGACCAGACACGCUACGCAGUCGCUUGAGGGCGCCGCGAAGCAUCCACAACCUGUAUUACAGCUUCUCCCUUCAGACACCAGCGGUUCACAAGGCUCAAAUCGACCGAACACUUCCUCUUCACAGGCUACCGGCCAAAUGAAUGGACAUCAUGAUGCACAGGACAGCGACUCGGAUGACGGCGGGCUGCAUAUGCCGGCAGCAAACGGUUCACGACAUCGACCAGCGCAACUGAUCCGGGCGAAGAGUGAUGUUGUAGCAGACCGUCGCCUUGCACGAGCUGAGCAGGGAAGCGUAGAUGGAGGCGAGAGGAAGAUCCGUAUGCGCCAUGGGUGGGAAGCGCAGCUCAAGGACCAAGAGCAAGCCACCUUUCUCAGCCAGACGUUCUACAUGUACUUCGAGGACAAACGACAUGAAACAGCCGGGAAUCCACCACCAAAGUACGAUCCAAAGAGCAUAGUAUCGGAAUGGCGCAUGAAGGACAGGUUAAAGACAGUGUCCGCAAUCCUCGCAGUAUGUCUGAAUGUAGGCGUUGACCCACCAGACGUGAUCAAGACGAAUCCAUGUGCUAGACUGGAGUGUUGGGUGGACCCGAUACCAUCGGAUUCGUCUAGUUCUCAGAGCAGCAACAAUAGCAAUGCGCAGAUUGGCAAGAAUCUCCAAAGCCAGUAUGAGAACCUUUCUUUACGCACCAGAUACAAGGUGAUACUGGAUCCAACGAUCGAAGAGCUGCGAAGAUAUACCACCAGUCUUAGGCGGACGGCGCAUGCAGAGCGGAUAUUGUUUCAUUACAAUGGCCACGGAGUACCGAAGCCUACAGCUAGUGGCGAGGUCUGGUGCUUCAACCGAAGCUACACACAAUACAUUCCUAUCAGCCUACACGAUUUGCAGGAGUGGGUAGGCGCACCGGGACUAUGGGUUUGGGACUGCAGCGCAGCAGGUGGUAUCAUCAAGGGUUUCAUGGAAGCGGUCGACAAGCACAACGCCACUCAGCAGGAAGCACUGCGUCGAGACGCCAACAGACUACAGCAACAGCCUAGCAUCAAAUGGGAGGACUGCAUUCACCUUGCAGCCUGUCGCGAUAACGAAGUCCUGCCCACGAACCCAGAUCUGCCGGCGGAUAUCUUCACAAGCUGCCUGACAACGCCAAUAGCAAUGGCGGUGCGUUUCUUCAUCUUGCAGAAUCCCAUCCCCAACAAUCCAGCCAUCACUCUUGAGACUGCGCGAGCGAUCCCUGGUAAAGUCAGCGAACGCCGCACGCCACUCGGAGAGCUCAAUUGGAUCUUCACGGCCAUCACCGACACCAUUGCAUGGAAUAGUCUGCCGCCACCACUGUUCAAGAAGCUAUUCAGACAGGAUCUGAUGGUUGCCGCAUUGUUCAGGAAUUUUUUGCUGGCGCAGAGAGUAAUGCGCAUGUAUCAUUGCCAUCCCCGGUCAUGGCCGCAGAUACCUGAUACGCACGGUCACCCACUAUGGCGGAGCUGGGAUCUAGCUGUCGAGAUGAUUCUGAGCCAGGUGCCGCGUUUGCUUGAGCAGCAAAAGCAGCAGGAAGCAUUGACUGCAGACAGUAAUCAGAGCAACGUGAACGCGCAAGCGAACGGCGCGGCUGCACCCACGCAGACGCCACAGCAGCCAACACAGGAGCUUGAGUAUCAGCACUCGGAUUUCUUCGCCGAUCAACUCUCGGCCUUCGAAGUAUACCUUUCUGCUGCGCCUGCAAACUCUGGCGCUGCAGGGUACGCCAAGCCACCUGAACAGCUGCCUAUCGUCCUGCAAGUCCUACUAUCACAAGUCCACCGCCUACGCGCACUAAUCCUCCUCUCCAAAUUCCUCGACCUCGGCCCUUGGGCUGUGAACCUAGCUCUCAGCAUAGGAAUAUUCCCCUAUGUCCUGAAGCUGCUACAAUCGCAAGCUCUUGAACUCAAACCGCCUAUGGUCUUCAUCUGGGCUCGCAUCCUAGCUGUCGAUCAGAGCUGCCAAUCCGAUCUGCUUAAAGAUAGUGGGUACACAUACUUCACCGGCAUCCUGAACAGCGCGAACGGUAUUCCACUCGGCAAUGUGGCGGAACAUCGGGCUAUGUGCGCUUUUGUUAUCGCCAUGUUCUGCAAGGACUUCAAACCUGGGAAGCAAGCUGUGCUGGAGAGCAACCCGGAGAUUAUCGAGGGCUGUUUGCAGCAUUUGCUCGAUAUGGAGAACCCGCUUCUGAGGCAGUGGUCGUGUCUGUGUAUGAGUAAUCUGUGGAAGGAUUUCGAACCCGCAAAAAGGCUGGGGUUGACAUGUCAGGCUCAUGCGCGGAUACGUGAUCGGAGCCAUGAUCCUGUGCCGGAGGUCAGGGCGGCAUGUCUGGAGGCUUUGACGAGUUUUGUUUUCACUGGGACUGGGGAGACGAUCGAUGCUGCUGUCAUGCUUGAGGAAGAGACGUUGGCUAGUGUGGUUGUUGCGAUGGGUAUGGAUGGGUCGAUUAUGGUGCGCAAGGAGCUCACGAUCUUUUAUGCUACUUUUAUCAAGAAGUAUGAGAAACGGUUCUUGGUUGCUGCGUGGGAGCAGUUGCUUGAAGAGAAGGAUAAGCGGCAGGGUCGGGGAGAAGAGAGUCAGGAUACCCCUACACAUCCCAAUGCGGUUUAUGAUGGAUCGCAUUUCGAUGGCCCACCACCGGCGCUCAAUGGUGUUAACGGAGAAAAGACACAUGCUCGUGCAGGGCAUCGUAGGACCGUGUCUUUCACGCCUGCGGAGAUGGCGAAUGAUCGUGAACAAGACGAUAAACCCACGAGGCUGCUAUCAAAGAAGACGAUCUAUCGUGCCAUGUGGCGACAGAUCCUCACGCUUUCCGCCGAUCCACAUCCCGAGGUUGCGCGGAACGCUAGUAUCGUGGUUGACUUUGUCAUCAGCGGCUUACUAGACUCGCCAUUAGGCGAUCAUGCGAACAAGAUCUUGGAUGAAAUCGUCAUUACGGGUCUGAAGCGCGAUCAGAUUACGCUGUCGAAUAUGGAUGGUCUGACGAGACAACGAUCACGAGACCAACGACCACAGACCCCGCCGAGCCCGACUGCCAGUACGGCGAGUAAGGCAGACGGGUACUUCCCUCUCGGUAGAACGGCAAGUGUCGCUGCUGCGAUGCGAAACUUCUUCGGCGUGAAGACGCCUCUGGAGGAGCCUAGCAGUCCGGCACGUUCACGCCAUAAUUCGAUCGUUGGUCAAGUACCGUCAUAUGCUGCUCGGCCAUUGACGCCAGCAGACGCUGCGAUGCUGCCCCCUGAUGCACUAGACCGCAUCAAUGGCCCGCCGCAUCAACCAAAGGCCAAGGUGCCACCGUCGCCUUACUUUGUGCCGCGUGAUCUGACACAGGUCCCAGAAGUGCCUCUGCAGUCCAAUUUUUUCACGUGGUCUGCUUCAUACUUUCGUGAGCCACAAAUGAGGCCCUCUGAAGCUGAUGAGCCCGGCUCACUCGAUUACAACGAGCGGUUAUGGCGACGGAACAGGAACGACAAGAUCAUCGCCUCAACGCAGCCACUUAAGGAAGCGGCGGGAAGUCAACGAUGGGAUGUUCCAUGUGGAUAUUUCGGGAUCGGCGCUGCACCGAUAAGAAUGGUGUUUCAUCAGUUCGAGAACCAUCUGGUGACUUCUGAUGACCGCGACAGUAUUGCUGUCUGGGACUGGAAGGCUGAGAAGCAGUUGUGUCGGUUCAGCAAUGGGAAUCCGCAUGGUAGUCGCAUUACUGAGCUGCGUUUCAUCAAUGAGGAUGAUCAGGCUAUGCUUAUGACAGGGGCUAGUGAUGGCGUGAUCAAGAUUUUCAGGCACUAUGAUGAUCCGAAGAAGAUUGAGCUUGCUAGCUCGUUUCGCGCUCUCAGCGAUCUUGUGAUCAGUGAUAAGCAGAAUGCUGGUCUGGUCUUUGACUGGCAGCAGGGACAGGGUCGGGUCUUGGUCGCAGGCGACGAUCGCGUCAUUCGAGUCUGGCAAGCAGGACACGAGCUUUGCGUUGCUGACAUCCCGGCACGUUCAGGCUCAUGCAUCACCUCCCUAACCUCCGACCAAGUGGAAGGCAACGUCUUCGUCGCCGGCUUCGGCAACGGCUCUGUCCGCGCCUACGACCAACGAAUGUCGCCACGCGAGAGCAUGAUAAUGGACUGGACGGACCGCAAAACCGACCACCGCUCCUGGAUCGUCGGUGUCCACCUCCAGCGCGGCGGCAUGCGCGAACUCAUCUCCGCCGAAUCCAACGGCGGCGUUCGUCUCUGGGACAUUCGAUCCCAGCGCGCCGUCUCCGCCCUAGGCAACCGCACAAAUAACAGUAAUAGCAGCGGUCAACCACGUAACCUGCGCACUCUAGCCGUGCACGAACAUGCUCCUGUCUUCGCCACGGGAGGAGCAGACCAUACUAUCCGUGUCUACAACACUACCGAGAUGCGGCAGCUGAGUGUCACGGAGCCGUAUAUGAGUCUUUUGCGCAUGACGAAUGUUCCGAGGAAUGCGCCGAUUACGGCUACGGCGUUUCAUCCGCAUAGGAUGAUGAUGGCUUGUGGGGCGGUUAAUGAUGGGCAUGUUAAUUUGUUCAAGUGUGAGGCUGUUGAGGAGGAGAAGAGGGAUGGUGGGAUUGUGGAUGAGUGGAGUGGGUGA